AUGAGCAUAGCGUAUGAUAGAGUUGAAUGGGAAUUUUUAAGGCAGAUGCUAUUGAAAUUGGGUUUUUGCGAAGAAUGGGUCCUGAAGCUAAUGGCUAUGGUUACUACUGUUAGAUAUCAAUUCUCUCAUGGAGGUACAAUAUUUGGACAAUUCAUACCAAGUAGAGGUUUACGGCAAGGUGACCCAUUGUUUCCAUAUCUAUUCCUUGUAGUAGCGGAGGGGUUCUCUGCGAUGCUUAGAACUUAUGAUCGACGAGGUUUACUUCAUGGUAUCAAGGUGACUCCUCGGGCACCAUCUGUUUCACACCUCUUUUUUGCAGACGGCACCUUGUACUUUUUUCGGGCAGAGAUUGGCGAGACUGCGGUAAAAGAUGCGCUUGGAGUGAAAGAGAUUGCUACCCCGGGCAAAUAUCUCGGAUUACCAUCCAUUGCGGUGGUGCAAGCCAUCCCAAAUUAUGUUAUGAUGCUAUUUCUUCUCCCAACAAGCACAUGUGACUUAAUCGAGAAAGCAAUGAAUGAGUUUUGGUGGCGGGGAAAAGGUGGUGACACUGGAGGAAUGAGAUGGAUGGUGUGGAAAGGGCUAUGUAGACAUAAAGAAGACGGGGGAUUGGCAGUUCGAGAGGUGCAGAAUUUUAAUUUGGCUAUGCUAGCAAAAACGACAUGGAGUUUGUUGAUACGACCGGAGGCGCUAGUGAGCCGAAUAUAUCAAGCUCGAUACUUCCUUACAGGAGAUUUGCUUACAGCAACAGUGGGAAAUAACCCAAGUUAUGUUUGGCGCUCAUUAUGCGCGGGGUUACAGGUCUUACAAGGGGGCUGUAUGAGGCGAAUAGGAGAUGGAGAUACAACAAAAAUAUUCCACACUCCAUGGCUACCAUCCGAGCAUCUGCAAGUUAUUCAAAGUGUGCCAUAA